ACAGGGCUCAGUGGGGAGAUGGAUACGGUUGUGCAGAGAGGUGGUGGGAGUUGCACAAACAGUAAAACAACCAGCCGCAGCUCGUGCAUCGGGGCGUAGGAGGCAGCUGUGGUCUGCCGAAGAAACGCGGGAAUUUAUUCAGAACUAACUGAGAGGAGAGAACGACUUAACACGUGGGACACAAAGAGGGGCGGGAGACCACGGCGGGAACAAAGGAUAAGGCUGCAGAGGAGAUAGAGUGAAAGAAGAAAAGCCACAAGAUAGGUGGGCAAACGUCAAAGCAGUGCUGUCGGCCUCUGUCUGUUGAUCCGCAAUGACUGUCCAGCUGAAUGAGCUUCUCCUCCUCUGCCUUACCAUCACACAGGGUGGUUGCAUGUUCCCUAACAACCACUGGGGUGAAUGGAACGGCUCUCAGCUUCAGCCCACAAUUCAGAGACUCAUGAAGGGAUACAACCGCUACCUAAGGCCUAACUUCAACGAAGGUCCUGUGGAGAUUGGAAUGAGUCUGGAUAUCGCCAGCAUCGACGCCAUCUCUGAAAUAAAUAUGGACUACACAGCGACCAUCUUUCUCCGUCAGCGGUGGCGCGACUCCCGGCUGGUGUUUCCCGGGAACGAGAGCGUGAGCGUGGAUGGACGGCUGGUGUCGUUACUUUGGAUCCCGGACACCUUCAUCCCGGACUCAAAGCGCUCCUUCCUUCACGACGUGACGGUGGAGAACCGCCUCAUCCGCAUCUUCAGCAACGGCACCGUUCUUUACGCACUCCGCAUCACGGCUACAAUUGCCUGCAACAUGGACCUGACCAAAUACCCCAUGGACAAACAGGUGUGCACCCUGCAGCUGGAGAGCUGGGGCUACAACAUACAGGACGUGGUGUUCUACUGGACUAGAGGGAACGACUCUGUGAAGGGUUUGGACACCUUGCGGCUGGCUCAGUACAGCGUGGAGAGCUACUACACCUCGGUGACGGAGGCUGUGUACGAAACAGGUCAUUACCCCAAGCUGGUGCUGCAUUUUUCCCUGCGCAGAAAUGUCCUGUUCUUUAUCUUGGAGACAUAUGUCCCUUCCAUUCUGCUUGUGGUUCUCUCCUGGGUCUCUUUCUGGAUCAGCCAAUCAUCUGUGCCAGCCCGAACGUGCAUCGGAGUGACCACCGUCCUGACCAUGACCACUCUCAUGAUGGGGGCCCGCACAUCCCUGCCAAACGCUAACUGCUUCAUAAAGGCCAUAGAUGUUUACUUGGGCAUCUGCUUCACCUUCAUCUUCGGUGCCCUGUUGGAAUAUGCCUGUGCUCAUUUUUAUACCAUGCAGCAUCAAACCAUCGAGGAUCUACACAGGGAGCUUUUGAGGGAGUUUGCAGAGUCCAAUGGAAACGCCCUGGUGUCAAUCGUCAACUCCAGCCAACCGAACCAGUCCGUAGAGGUGGGCACCACUGCAGAGGAGCCGGCUGAGGAGCCAGCGAAGGGCGACGCUAAUAACCCCGCAGCUUCGACGGAAAAAGCGCAGAGUCAGGGCUGCGGCUUGUCGUCUGUGAAAGACGCCUCACGCAGAGCAGCCGCUGUCUUCAUUGUGGAAAAUCCACACAACAUCGAUCGCCACUCCCGUACCGCUUUCCCCACAGCGUUCCUCUUUGUCAAUAUUCUGUAUUGGCUCUAUUAUCUCUUUCUCUGAGUGCUGAUUAGCAGCAGGCUGCAGGAGAGUUCGCGCCACUGCCCUGAAGCUGUCCUACCUCCUCAUUAGCCAGCGGCUGGACCCGGACAUGUCUGAACAAACUUUUUUUUUUUUUCUUGUAGCACCCAGCUAAAAUCUGUUUUAGGGGCUGCAAAUAAUAAACAGUUAGUCAGGACUGUGCUUUCUGCUAAAAAUAAAAAGAGGUGGUGUUAAUUGCAAGUAAAUGAACGGCUCUGCACAUUUUCAGCAUGAGGUUUUGAUGAUUAAAAACCAUGCGUAUCACAGUGCUUUCAAAAGUAUUCAUACAGACUAAACCUUUCCAAGUCUUAGGCUACAACCGCAAACUUCCCUGUUUUGUUGGGAUUUCCUGUGACAUACCAGUCAAAUGAGCAGCACGGCUGUGGGAAAUAAAAACCCUGAUUGAUGGUCAAAUAUUUUACCAAAUGCUUUGCGUCGGUGUGUAUUCAGCCCUUCUUGAUCAAUACUUUGUAGAACCCCUUUUGAGCGCAAUUAUUACUGCUAGUAUUUAUCUCUCUUGGAUUUGUACAUCGAGAGACUGACAUCUUUUGCCCCGCUUUUAUUGGCAAACCAGCAUAAGUGUUAAAAGAGCGACGCGGAACAUAAUAUUUUAGGUCUCUCUCGAGACACAGAGUUGGAUUUCUAAAGGUCGAACCAUUUCAUUAUAAUUUUGGCUGUCUGUUUGGAAUCCUGCUGUCCCGGUCGUUAGUGUUUCACAACCUCUAACAGCUUUUUUUUUUCUCCAGGGCUUCCCUCUACUUGUUAGGAUUCCUUCCACCUACUGAAGAAACGCAGACUCACAGCAAGAUGCUGCCACCACCGUUGUUUCACCACUGGGGAGAGUUUUUCAAGGUGAUGUGCAGCACUGGCGUCUCCUAUAUUGGUUGUGGCAAGCUGCGUGUUAAGAGUUCUUUUAGCGAUUGCUUUCCCCUUGCUCGUCCUCUAUGAUUGUCGAACUUGACGACACAUGUAGGCCUGCCCAGCGAGUGAACUUGAACUAUGUCACUGCCGCAUACAUGAUCCAUCUUACCCUCUGCCCAAAUCCUUAGGGUAUGCUUCAUAUAUUCUGCAGUGUAUUUCACUUUGGAUUUUAUGUGCUACUGCCAGCUUCUGGUUGGUUCUUUCUUGCCCCCGCACCAACCCAGCACCUCCCGUGAGACUCUGUGCUCACCUCCUGACAUACGGCAGACAUGUCCAGGCGAUGUAGAGAUGCAUCACGCCAUGACAUGCUAAGGAGCCACGGAGCCAUGGAGCAAGGAGACCAGACUCAACCUUACUCUCAUCUUUCUGUGGCUCACAAAGACGUAGUUAAACAUUUACGUGCAAGUCUUCCGAUUAAGCCUGUGGUUGUUUUGUUCUUUCAACAAUGUUGUUGCCACACUUCCUUCAGUAGCUAGUCAGCCUAUCAGCAGUUUCUUCCACCAAAGCCUUGGACCACUGUGGCUUCUCUAAAGUUACUUCUGGUUUCUCGGCUGCUUCUCCGGUUAAUUCAACCCAGUUUCCUGUCGGUUUAGGUGGACAGCCAUGUCGGGACUGCAGUUGUGCCACACUAUUUUUCCAUUUUCAGAUGAAAUAUUAAACAGAGCUUUGUGGGAUCUUCAAAGCUUGAAACAGUGCUUUGUAAUCUGAUCUAAAAUCCUCCCUCUUCAUCAUACUCUUUUAUUUUUCCUCACUAGUGGCCUGGUGACUUCUCUUUGAACGCAGGUUUUUGCAUUGGGCUUCAUUAUUAGGUUACAGAUGCAAAUACAUACUCCAAUUUUCAGAUUUGAAUUUGAAAAAAAAAAUGAAAACGUGGAAAACCACCUUCAUUUUUCCACGUCACAAAAAUGCAUUGCUUUGUGUUGGUCUAUCACAUCCAAACCGAAAUCAAUACAUUGGCGUUUGCAAAUGGAAUAUGACAAAAUGUGGACGGGAUCGAGUGGUAUGAAUACUUUUAAAAAAAAAGGACUGCUGAAUCACCAACUCCAUCUGCUGCGCGACGUUGAAAUGCGAUUAUUCAAUGUGCUUUUUUUCCUGCUUUGGCUGUAUCAGGCUAUAUCACUGGCCAUGUGCAAUUAAACUGACAAUGGCAGUAACUAU